AUGCAGUUUGUAAUGGUCGCAAAGUCACAGGCAGAAGAAGACGAAUAUGACAUAAAAGCUAACCGAAAGUUGCCUAAACCCAGCGGGGUGAUAUUUUCAAUUGGACAAAUAGUAAAGUCUGCGCUGGGAUCUGGAAUUUUAAGCGCCCAUGUCGCUUAUAUGGGUGCUGGAGGAUUAACCGGUCUUGUCUGCAAUAUACUAUUAGGACUCUACAUGUUAUUUUGCCUCUUAUUGCUGGGAAAAAGUGCACAAAUAUUGUAUAAAAGAACACGUAUACCAGUUCUGUCAUAUCCAGAAGUGGCCGAGGCAGCGAUGUAUGCCGUGCCCAAUACCAAGGUUCACCAUUUGUCAAAAUAUGUACGUGUCUUCAUGGCAACUUUAAUAGGAAUAGAAUUGUAUGGCGCGUGUGCUUCCUAUCAAUUAAUUUUAGCUGGUACAUUAAAACAGCUAUGGGAAAAUAUUCCGAAGGUUGAACCAGGGGUUGGUACGCCUAUUCAAAUGUACUUGUUAAUAGUAUGGAUACCUUGCAUUUUAAUAUCUUUAAUAAGAUAUCUACAAUGGCUGGCACCAUUUUCUAUGCUUGGAAAUGCUGUUGUCGCAUUAUGCGUCGUGGUAACGUUAUAUUACUCUUUCCUUAAUAAUCCAACUAUGUCCAACCUGAUUCAUUUCAAGGAUAUUGGAGGAGUAUUUAAGUUUAUGGGCAUGAUAGUUUUUAGCAUGUCGUGUGCAAGUCAAGUGAUCUCUAUAGAAAAUAAUAUGAAAGAUCCAACAAAAUAUAGUAUAGUCCUUACUGCAGGUAUGAUAGGUAUAAUAGUUCUAGUAAGCUCCGCUGGAUUCUUCGGGUAUAACGCAUAUUUAGAACAUUGCAUAGCGCCUAUUACGUUAAACUUUCCCAUGAACAUUUUACCAAAGAUAUUGAAAGUUUGUAUAGCAAUUAUGAUAUAUAUCACACAUGGUUUGAAUUUCUGGGUUCCUUUUAAUGUCACGUUUCAUUACAUCAAGAAGUGUAUAAGGGAAGAACGUCAUUUAUGUUGGGAAUACAUAUUGAGACCUGUUUUUGUAACUGCAAUCACACUGAUUGCUAUUGUUUUCCCGAGUAUCCCUGACUUAAUGUCUUUUCUUGGUUGCUUCUGCCUCAGCAAUUUGGCGUUUAUAUUUCCAAACGUGAUCUAUCUGCUUGUUAUUUAUGAGAGACCGGGGUACGGAAUAUUGAAAUGGAAAUUGAUAAGGGGUAUAAUUUUGAUCAUAAUAGGGGUAAUAUUAUUUGUAGCGGGAACGAUAGUGUCCGUUAAAAACUUGGUUGGACUUUUUGGAAGUAAAUGA